AAAAAUAUAUAAUACUGAUUAAAUGAUACGUUAAUAUUAUAUUUCUUUUAACUAUAUAUACUUUAAGAUAAAAGUAGAAAUCUAUCAACCCACAAACACAUCAAUCGCUCAACAAUGGUGGUGCAACACCACAUUCUAGUGUUCAUAUGGCUUUCAUUACUCUUGGUUACUUCGUCUAUUUCCGAACCCAUCUCCACCGAUCACCACCGUCAGUUUGAUGUGGACAAGAGAACAAUAAAUCGAUCUCCGGUGAGGAGCCGUGGAAGAGCACGUAGCCGUGGUGGUGGCGGUGGUCGAAGGGUGGGUGGCGGUGGUCAAAGGGUGGGUGGUGGUGGUAGAUCAAGAAACGGAGGUGGAUCAUUAAACUGUGACCCAUUGUACGAGUAUCUAUUUGGAAGAUGUGGUCAAUGGCCUUUCUCUCGUACUUCCCCUAACAACCCUUUUUUAUCCCGGCCUUCCCCUCGCCGUCCGCCACCUUUACCUCCACCGGUAAUCCCGUCUCCGCCACCUGCUGUUCCACCUCCAUCUCCUGCGCCUGCUUCACCAUCACCACCACCUCCCGUGGUUCCUUCUCCUCCUCCACCUGAUCCAUCGCCUCCGCCGCCACUUGUUGCUUCACCACCACCACCGGUCCCAACUCCACCUGUUUUGUCUCCACCUCCAGACUACACCCUUCCUCCUGCCGUACCUGAACUACCUCCUGGUAAUCCGUUUCAGGCCCCACCAUUGGUCCCAAUAUCGUUUUCGCCGCCUUGGAUUGGUGAUUUUAGUCCUCCGUCGCCGAUAGUUCCUAUAUCAUUCUCACCACCAGCCGACAAUACCAAUCCGCCGGACUUCUCUUUCCUGCCACCACUCGUUCCUAUAUUUUCUCCACCGCAAGGAGGCACCGGAACACUUCCAGAGUUGCCGCCGAUUGUCGAUCCUGGACAGCAGUUUCCGCCGGUAGUUGACCCUGGACAACCGUUUCCGCCGGUAGUUGACCCUGGACAGCAGUUUCCACCGGAACUCAACCCCGGACAACAAUUUCCACCCGUAAUUGACCCUGGACAACAGUUUCCACCGGCAUUCGACCCUGGCCAACAGUUUCCACCGCAACUGCCGUUUACGUUUACACCUCCGGUAGAAUGGGCAACGCCAUUACCGGGGAUAGAGCAGUCGCCAGAAAUCAUAAUGCCACCACCGGUGGAUGAGAAUCCAAUGACAGAAGGGCAGCCGUUGUUUUCAACGAGUACGCCGGAAACACGAGAGGUUCCGUUGGAUCUGCCACCAGAAGGGAUGGAUUCUCCCCCGCUAGCUUAAUCAACUUGAGCGUAUGACCUUUAAUUUUAGCUUGUAACAUAUUUUCUGCCUUGUUUUUAUUCAGUCAAAGCUAAUGUUAUCUAAA